AUGAAGCGGACCAAUUUUACAACAUCAACUACCAAUGAAGUAACAUCGAUUAAUUUAGAAGGCUAUGUUAUUGGAGUAACGAGCAUUAUAAAAAAUGAAAACAAUGCAAAUCAUCAUUAUACUUUGACAAUGGAAGGUCAUAAUGGUUCUGUUAUAACAGUAAUGCGUUAUUUGAGUUCAAAUGUUGUUUGCCGUUUAUAUGCACAACUACGAAUACUAUUUGAUAAUCAACAUGGAUUUGAACUAUUACACCUCAAAUCAAAUGGAUCUUCAUACACAAUAACAAAUGAAACUCGUUUAGCUGAAAAAAAAUUAACAUUUGAACCACAAUGGUGCAUAAAUCAAGAUAUUUUAUCGUUAAAGUCAUUAGCAGAAGAAAGAAUAUGUGCUGUUCAAUGUAAAAUUAUUCAUGUUAAUCGAUCUGAAUCAUUUAUAGUUACAUCUGGAUAUAAACGAACUCAAAAAUUACGCAAGGAAGUAAUCGUUGGAGAUAGAACGGGAGCAAUGGUUUUAAAUAUAUAUGAAAUUCAUUUUAAUUCGAUAACAACAGGUCUAUCUUAUAACAUAAGUGCGGUAAAAACACGUUUAUUCAAAGAUGUUAUAUCACUGGCAGCAAUCACAGAAACCAAAUUUGAACUUAUUCCAGAUUUAAUUGACGUAUCAUAUGAUAGUUCGUCAUUAACAGCAUCAUUAAAAAAAAUUGUUGGUAAAAUUAUUCGAAUUGAACCAGACUUAUGUUACAAUAAUGAGAACAAAAUUACGUGUUCUUACAUGGCGACAAUAGAAACGUCACCGACCGAAGAAUAUACAUUAUUUUUGUCACGUGAAUGUCUUUUACAAUGUCUUAAAAUAUCAGAUGAUUCUUCUAACAUUACUGAAAUCAUGCUAUCUAAUUGGGUCGAAAAACAACCACUUAUUUUUUCGAAUGUUCGAUGUAUAUAUGAAAUUAGUUCAGGAAUUAUAAAACAUAUUGAACGACAAGAUUCAAUUGAAAUUAGUAAGAAGAUGUUUUUUUUUUCUGUCAUUAUCUAA